CACAAAUGGAGAUCUAUAUUACUUUAACUUUGCUUUGGGUACCAGUAUAUGGGAUCAUCCUUGUGAUGAAUUCUACAGACAGAUGGUAAUUGAAGAAAGAAUGAAGUUUAAUAUGAAUAAAGGAUCAGGAAAGAAAGGAAAAGCUGGAAAGGAUGAUGGAAAGAAAAAGAAAGAGAAACCAGGAAAACCUCAAGUUACAACUUGGCCCAUUAAAGGCAGAAAAGAGUAUGGGUACACCAUCAAUGCAUGGUGGACUAGAACCGAUGAGAUCAUUGGAUGGACAACUAGCGACUCUAAGAGGAUCAACAGGAACUAGUCAGCCGGUAAAAUCAAGUUUCAACACAAUCAUGACAGGUUCCCUAAAGCUGAGUACAAGUGGAAACCUCACAAGCAGCAUUUCAAUACCUUUUUACUCAAAUGAGUUUGAAGAUGAUGGUCCAGAAGAGGAAAGGCCACAUCACAGUGUAAAUCUUACACCACAAGAAAUGGAAUAUCAGGUCAUUAGAAUUAGUAUAAUCAGAAGUUCAAUUGUUUGAAGCAUGUUCAUAUUUUUUUAAACAAAUAGUGUG